UCCCACAAAUGGGAGCAAAACCCCGAAAUCCCAACCCAAAAUCAGAUCUACGCCUUCGCGGGGCACUGUUGCAGUCCUCUGCCCGGCCAAUUCCUCUCCGUUUUCGUCCAGAAUCUGCUAUUUUUAGGUCGCAUCGGAGCUCUGUUAUGCCGGAAAACCCGUAGUUUGGGAGUAAUUUGGAUUUUUUUUGAGGUUUUUUCUUUGGAAUUGAUCUGGGAUGCAGGCGGAGAGUGGGAACAGAGGCGGCGUGAAUUCGAAUGUGGUUUCGGAAUCGAAUGGCUUUGAUUCGAUUUCCAUGGUAUCGACUUCGUCCUGUUCUCCGGCUUUGGGUGUGAAUUUCAUCGAGCACCGGGUUUCGAAGAUGGAUACGCUUGCCGGGGUCGCGAUUAAGUAUGGUGUUGAGGUGGCGGAUAUCAAGAGGAUGAAUGGCUUGGUGACGGAUCUCCAAAUGUAUGCUCUUAAAACUUUGCAUAUUCCUCUUCCUGGGAGACACCCUCCAUCGCCAAUCUUGAAGGAUGAUUCGGCAAGUAACGGAAAACAAACUUCAAAUCAGCAUAAUGACGGUAUCUUAGACUCAUUUCAAUCUCUUAAGUUGAAGCCACCCACUCACCGGAAAGUCUCAGUAGCUAUGAGCACUUUGCAGGGAUACUAUAACCUUACACCGUCACGGAAAGCAGUGCACUCAGAAGGAACAGAAAUGGCUGUAUAUAAAAGUAAAACAGGCAGGGCUCUCUUCUCAGAAGAUGAUCCCUUGCCUAAACAGUCACCUGCUUCUGAUCCACUCAUGAACCAUCACCACAAGACUAGAAGUUUAGUUAAUGGAUUCUUACCUGAGAAUGGGAAGGUUGCAGACCAAGCGGCAGUUAUUAGCGUUGGGGAAAGCAGCGACUCAGAGAGAGCAAACAGUGAAAAGUCUGUGAGGAGGCGACAAAAAGCUGAUACUGAUCCUUUUUCAUGGGUGCCACGAGUGCUAUUUGAGGACUCCAGUGUUGUAUUAUCUGGGAAAACAGCGAAAGGAACAGCCUCCAAACCAAAGAUUGGAAGCCAGACAGAUAAUGAUAUCAUCCGGCCGAAUGCCAUUUCUGCUGGAGAUUCGUCCAUGGCUAAUGCAUUUUCGGCUGUUCGAAAAUCGUCAAGCACCUCCAGUUUGCAAGAUUCUGAGAAUGGGUCUUCUGUUUGGUCACCCUGGAACUUGAAGCCUGAUAUGAUUGCUAAACCUAUUUUAGAUGGAUUACCUAAUCCAAUGAAUAUAUGGAGAAACAAGGCGGCGUUAGACUAGUUCUGCUAAUCAACAUGUUGUUCCGGUCUCUCGAUUUUGUUCAUCUCAAUCCAGUGCUCGCCGCAUCCCAUUUGAUCAAGUUUUCCAUCAUUCAGCAAGUGAGACACGACGAAAUAUAUAUUGUAUGUAUCAUUAUAAGAAAUGGAAAUAGAAACUCAGAUAAGUCAUAAGUUUAGAUGAUCAAGCUGUUACAUGUUAGGACACUGUACUGAAUCUUCUCAAGUAGUGUUAUAUUCAUCAAAUGUGAUAUCAAAUUUUUACACUA